UGACAGUUGUCAGUGCUACGUGUUGCGGCUCACAUUGGGAGGAGGCCCGGGCAACUGGGUUAACUGUCGCGCCAGGACUUCGAUAUCCGGUACUAUUUCCAAUGGGCCAGGUAAUUGGAUGUGAUCUGUAUUUCAAAUGCUCGAUUCCUUUACUAGGGGUGCUGCUGUGUGCCCAGUCUGCCCCCUGUUUGGACCCACGCCCCUGUACCAUUCCGUCAUAUAAGCUGGGCAUCCAACCCAACCCGAUUACCAUCCACCCUCUGAAGACAGGGAUUAACACGCUGUUAUCUCGCCCCCUUUUUAAGCGUGCCUGUGCCCUGUUUUAGCAAAAGUGAGGUCAGACUUAUUAUCUCCAUAUUGAGAAUUCAACCUCCUCUCAAGAUUUGGAUUGUUUCUUACCAAUGGGUCAAGGAGGAUGGAUCGACAUAGUAAACGGGACGACGUAUGACUGGACCCGGGGCUAUGUCCAUUCUUAUCAGAUGUCCGCUUGGGACUUUCCUUCUGUCAUCAAGGCCGGGACCUCCGCAUCCGUGUACAUUGAGUUUAGAGAAAAGUUGGGCGACAAGUGGGAGGAUGAUGGGGGCGAAGUUGAAUUUGUCAUUCAGUCCACUCAAUCUCCCCGCUUUCAAAUUCAAGCCGGGGGCAAGGGAGGGUAUACACUUCAGGCAUGGUUCAGUAAUUUCUGGACCCAAAACAAUCCUUCUGGCUCGACCAUCCGCCUUGGAUGGAAGCACAAUGGACACGUAAACUUUGUUCUGUCGGGCUUGUCCGGGAAUUUCUCGUCUACGAACCCGCCCUCUGCGUGGAUGCAAGCUAAUCGAGAUACCCUCGGUAGUCGAACACUGAAGCAGAUCUGCAUUCCCGGCUCUCACGACGCUGGAAUGUCCGUCAUGAACGGUGGAACUGCUUUCGCUACCCCCGGAAACAGUCUGACACAAAGCUUUGGGAUAGGCGCUCAGCUUGCUGCAGGCUCGCGUUAUUUCGAUAUUCGACCUGUCAUCAGUGGAGGCCAUUUUAAAACCGGGCAUUAUUCAUAUGUCGGUUCGGUCUUGCAGACCAUCGGUGCAAACGGGCAGUACAUUAGCGACAUCAUCAAUGAGAUCAAUACGUUCACGUCGCAGAACGCUGAGCUCAUUAUCAUAAAGUUCAGCCAUACCUUCAACACCGACGUCGGACGAACGUACCCGUCAUUCACCCAAGCUGAGUGGGAGAGACUGUUCAACGAUCUCCUUUCCAUUCAUAAUCGAUACAUCACAUCUGCGGCAAACCUCACCACCGACCUCACUCUUAAUGACUUCAUCUGCCCCGCCGGAGGCCCAGUUCCUGCAGUCCUUAUUAUUGCCGAUGUCGAGUCUGAUUGGAUAACUGACAAGUACAACAACCAGGGCAUCUAUCCUUUGUCAUCGAUAAAUCUCUACGACAGUUACGCGAACAGUGACUCUCCCGAUGCCACUAUCUCCGAUCAACUCCAAAAGAUGCGAGAUAAUUCCAGCCAAUAUUUCCUCCUCUCCUGGACGCUUACGCUCCAGGCAGCAGAUAUCAUAUCUGGAAGGGCUACGAUCAAGAGCCUCGCAGAGACGAUGAAUCCUUUGCUGUACUCGCGAUUAACCGGAAACGUCACCAACUCGGUGUAUCCAAGCAUCAUCUAUGUCGACUAUAUCGACUCGAACGUUGCGCCGCUUGCAAUGGCUAUUAAUACUCGCAUCACAUCACUUUUGCAAGUCGGAUCCUUGGUGUCGAAGAUAACGUCGAAACUUUAAGCUCGUAGCGACUGGGGUCGGGUUUAUGGUAUACGCAGGAUUGGAACGGACUACUGUGUCGUGGAAUGUUGUGUAUAUUUUCGUGUGUUCAACUAUCUUUACAUCAUUUACUGCGAGCAAAUGUCUCGACUCAGCGGACAAUCCCAACCCGACCUCAGUACAUGUACGUUGACCACCCUGAUCGCUGCUUUCUUUGAUAUUGGAGCAACAUUAACAACGCGAUGUGCAGCUGACGUUUGCUCCAAGUUCGGGAAGAGCAUACUCCCU